AUAUAUUCGAAUUCAGAACGCAACUUCUCUUGGGUCUCCAGGUUUGCGUUGGCAUCUCCUGAAGGUCAGCUGGUCUUUGUGUUAUGUCGUGCAUCAAAAAGCUUAAGCACCAUCAGCAGGUCCUGCAGGAAAUGUUCCCUAGGUCUCACCCAAGAUUCCGAGUUAUAUCAUGUACUCUGGACGAGAUAUCGUGUUCUUUUAUUUGUGAUAACUGUUAUUUAGAGAUUACAGGUAGUCUAUUGGGUACAUAUCCACAAUCAUCUCCAAUAUGGUUUUCCGAUUCUGAUGACACGUUUGUCACACAAAUUUUCCGAGGACUACAAACAGUUGAGCCAAGCAACUAUACGAUUGAUCGUCAAGUAAAGAUACUUGUAACGGAAUUAUGUCGAUACAAAAAUUUGCCAUAUCCUCCUGAAUUGAACAAUCUUUGUCCAGACUUUAGUCCUGAACCUCUUCCUGUCGACACUAUUUCUACUGCUGAACCUCGUCAAUCAUCUUCUGGCGACGGGAAUAGUGAUGCAGAAGAUACUGGUUUCGAAGAUGAAGAUGUGACAUUGAACGAUCCAUUUGAAGUUUCUAUUACGGGUGAUGAUCGUCCUGAAUAUGAUGGUAUUUCAUCCCAAGAUGCUGAACAGUUGGAAAAACUCAAGGCUACACAAAUACAAGGAAUUACUAAGGGUUCAAUUCAAUCAUCUGACCGUUUGAUGAAAGAGCUAAGAGAGAUUUAUCGAUCAGACAGUUACAAACAAGGUAUUUUCACUGUUGAACUACAAAAUGACAGUCUUUAUAACUGGAAAGUUAAAUUAUACAAGUAAGCGUAUUUUGAUCUUGCUUACAUUUUGUUUUAUUUACCAUAAUUCUGUUAAACUGGCCAUGCUUCUGUUUGGGCACCCGAGCUGUAUCAUAGCCCUCACACAAUUCAAACAAGAUUUUUGUGGCGCAUAUGUAUCUGAUGUACCAGUAUCUAUGUGUUCAAAUAAAUAAAUAAAAUGUUAAACUGGCUUCAUAGGUACAAACAUCUACGUCUUAUUGAUAAACGACAAUGUAAUGUUACACUUAGAUAGCAUUAGAUGACAAAAUUGCUCCGUUAAAUCAAGUAGUAAGUAACUGUUAUUCAUUCUUUCGCUAAUAUACUUCGAUCAGUGACAUCAUGAAGGUCAGAAUAUGAAAUCAAUUCAUUAAAUGAAACCUAAGCAUUACAGUUAUACGUCUCUUAAUAUCUACUAUGGUCAGUCAAAAGCAUCGUGGAAUGUGGUACGUACGUACAUCUGUUAGAGGUAUGAGGGCAGUUGUCACUUCUAAGCUUCCUACACGGUCGAAGGAUAUUUCCUCUUGAGGGAUCUCAAAAGGAAGACGGAUUAGUUGUGGUCUUAGUGACCUGGAAGCGUGAUCGCAGAGCUCAACGGACAACUGUUUGUGGUCGGUCGUGCACACCUUUUUUAUGAGACGUUUUUCAUGUUUUAACUCUGUACUGCAAAAAACUUCACCGACUGAGACAGAAAUCCAUGGUGUAAGGUGGGGUGAAACAUUUUCAGAGUCGAUCUUUUCUAACCUCUUCCUUCCGCUGUAAGAUGGCAACAUCUCUUUAGAUACUGGCUGUUCGUUGGAAACAUUUACAGCCGUCACACCUUUCUACAGUACUUCUUCGUAUCUUAGGUUGCUGCUUUUAGUCUUGCCGAUCUCUAACCGACCUUCCUGGCAUGUUAGAACCUAAAAAACUUGUAUUUCAGCUAAUAUAGCUCGGUUGAAUCAUCACGAUAGGUAUGCCCGACCACCACAUCAAAAUGGCAGCUGCGUUCGGGAUAUCUACUGUAGUGUAACAAAUUUUUAUUUUCAUGAUACCUCACGACCUUUCAUACAAAAUAAUACGAUGGAUGUUCAAAGAAAGGAGGACAGAAAUGAAUCAAUUAAUUUAAGAAUCUAUUCAUUUCCGCCCUGCAUUCAUAAGCUUGUGAUAUAACGCAGAAAAUAAUUGGUACUUGACUCAAUCCUACGCUUAAACAUUAUAUGAUACACUAUCAAUAAGAUAACUGCCAUACCAGAUAAUACGACAACUGACCACUCGUACUUGAUCACCAGAUAAUAGACUGGGAAGUAGAUCACGUGUUACUCAGUAGUCAAAGUCCAAUGACUGGGAAACAUUAUGCAAACUUUAGUUUAUUGACACAAAUUGCAGUCAGUCAACAUGGAGUGGAUCCCGAGUGAAAUCAUUAGUGAGAUGAAUUUACACUAUUAUAUAGUCUCGUCUAUUGAAUGUAUAUAGGUGUGACUAUAGUAACUCACCUUACUAUCCCGAAUAUAUUAACUUAAUUAUUUUUUUUAGUUCUUGUACGAGAUAAAUGAUAAUUACAGUAAUAGCGGUAAUAACAACUUCGGUUUAAAAAUCUUGUUAACAGCUUGGUCACUAAAUAACUUUUUGGAAUUGUUGUAGUUUCCAUUUUUAUAAAUUUAAAACAUCUUCCUACGGAAACUAGAUUCUAACUACGACCACUAGCUCAUGCUUUCUUUAGACUUAUCCCUGAAAUUUUUGUUAUUGAAUUAGUUUACAAAAUAAUGUUUAAAACUUGCUUAACUGUGUAGUGAAAGAAGACUUGAUGAGGAUAACUAAUCUAUUAUCUAACGCAAAAUUGCAGUUUUUUGGUAAAAUGUGAAACCAUACAUUAAAUACUUUAUCUGUAAACCUUUCAUCAAUUGUCUUUUACGUCCUUCAUGAUUCUCCUACUUCUCAAUUCCUUUCUGUUUCCUUUAGUUCAGUUUUCUCAACCGUCCUUUGACAGACCUUCCAGUUUUGAUCGGUGUUACAUACUACUUGUAUCUGUCAAUACAAGUAACAUGCAUUACAACUGCACUGUCGGUUUAUAUAUUUGUACAAAGUCUUAAAGAGAUCAUUGGACAUCUGAGAAGUAAACAUUUUUAUAGCACAAUGUUACUUGGAUAAACUGAGGACAAUACUACUGUUCAUACAGCGUCAUUGUUGCAAAGGUUGUAAAUCGAUCUCAAUUCAACCAUUAUAUAGCUUGUAUUUUACAUUCUCUGAUCUCAUUACUCUUAAACUUAUAAUUCAUCUAUUCUUUUCAAACUUUAUUCUUUCUCUAUAUAACUGACAUACUACUAUGAUUUCAUCCCGUUGUACUGGCGUUGUAUGGGAAAUUAGACCAAGAUACAUUUAUACCAGGCCUUAUGUUGACUGAUUGACCGAGAAGUCAACUAAUCUGACUCAGGUGAAUAAUAUAACUAUCAGUAGUCUGAUUGUUUCUUAUAUGAAGCUGCCUCAUAUCUUUAAAUAGCAGCUCAUAUUACUUCAUAACUAAAAUAUUGUGAACAUACUUCUUUGUCUUCAAAGAUAUGAUAGUUAAGAACAUACAUUUAAGCAGCUUUAAUGACUAUUUUUAUACGUUAAUUUUGUUAGGAAUUCAGUUUAUUUUUUUAAUUUUUAUAUUCUAUAUGUAUUUUUCAAAAGAGUUGAUGAGGACAGUGGAUUGCAUAAAGAUCUUCAGGAACUUACAAAUCAUCCCAAAUUAGAAGAUCAUUUAGGAUUACAAUUUCUAUUCAAAGUUAGUUGUUAUUAAUGCCAUAAAUUUUAUGUUUUGUUUGUUUGGACAUUCAGUACUGUAUCAUCAGAUUCAAUAGGUUUCUUUCUACAUAUAUGGUUGCUUCACGAGAUGAAGUUUUACUAUUCAAAUUGUAAAGGGCCAGGUAGAUGUUUAGGUAUAAUGACAUAUUACGUCUUCAUCAAAAUCUGCCCCUUGAUGAUUAUCUAAAUUUCCUAUCAAAUUAUGCUGACGACAAUAGUCUCUUGCAUACAUCUUGGUUUCAAGCAUGAAUUUAGCAAUUGAGAUGGAUGAUAGUUGCUGUUUUAUUGAAAGUUGUGUCAAAUUCCGUUCAUUUCUUUCUGUCCAUAAACAAUUCUUCCAAUAAGGCUCCUCUAGGUAUCACUUGGUUCGGCAUAAGGAGAAACUUUAAAAUUUCAUCGUUUACUCUUCCCAGCUCUUGGUAAGCUCUAAUUUAAAAGUUCUAACAAACUAUUUCACCUCCAUUUGAUUGUUGAGAGUGAUAAUGCAGGUAAAAGAUAUGCAUGGUGUUUCCUUUUUCAUCGAGUUGUUCAGACAAAGAUGUCGGAACGAUGUUGUUAAAGACGCCAUGUUAGAUGAAAAAUGAUCCAAAGUUUUGUCUUUGGAGGGUGGGGUGCGCUAUUGCAUUUUAACUUUGCGUUUACUAAAAUGGGAUUUGUAAUCUUGUUGACUUAACCUGAGAAGCCAAUAUUAAGUCGUGACCAUGGCCUCUUGUUGUAUUCAGGGUUGUGGUGCUAGUUUUAUACUGUAUUUCCCAACGUGUUGCGAUUGGGUACACUAUCUAAAGAAAUUAAUAUUAACCACGAAAAAAACUGUUGAGUAGGCUUUCGGAGGACUUCAACGGAGCCUCUAGAAGCCCAAAAGGAGCCGAAGAGUCCUAGCCAAUCACAGCACGAUGGAGCAUUCUAGAAUUCCAACGUGGCGUGCUACUAUUGGUCAGUAGCACAAUAUUUCGCUAACGGAUUGGCUGAAAUAUGAUGUUGAUUUAACAAACGUUAACAUCUAUAAAUACCCAUGGUUUCUGUACAUAAACGAACCUUGGCGUAAAGUAUUCCUCUCAUACUUGCGUCUUCUUUCUGGUGUUCAGGUCGCUGUGUAGCUCUAGCCUGCGGGUUACCAGAAUAGCUUAGGAAAACGAAUAUAGUGUUCAAUCGACAAGACUUAUCGAAAAGCUAUGCAUAAAUAGAGAACAAAGCAUUAAAUUUGGUGUUCGCAAUCAAGA